CGCGCUGUUCUGCUCAGCGUCCGUGCGGUUUAUUGGCGCAGAUUGAUUCGUGACAGCAGCGAGAGCUUCAUUCUUCUCCUCAAACAAUCAAACACCUACAUUCAAGAUGAAAGAUGUCAUCGGAUACCUCAAACAACAGCAGAGCAAGAGUCCGACGCCUGAGAUGGCCUCGGAGUGGCACUCAAUGGAGGAUCUGUACAACAGAAAAUUGUGGCAUCAGUUGACUCUGAAAUUGACAGUCUUUGUGCAGGACCCUUAUUUCUCCAAAGGGGACGGUCUCAUUCAGCUCUAUGAAAACUUCCUCAGUGAUUUUGAACACAGAAUCAACCCAUUGUCCUUAGUAGAAAUCAUCCUUCAUGUUGCAAAACAAAUGCCAGAUCCAAAUACAGCCAUACCCUUUCUUGAGAAAACAAAGGAGAAGGUCAAAGCCAGUGAUGAGGCCGUCAUCCUCUGCAAAACCUCAAUUGGCAGCCUCAAGCUCGACAUCAACGACCUCCCAGCGACAAAGAAAUUAAUAGAGGAAGUGGAUGAGAUGCUGAACAAUCUCCCUGGUGUGACGUCAGUGCACGGGCGAUUUUACGAUCUGUCGAGCAAAUAUUACCGCAUCAUUGGGAACCACGCUAUGUACUACAAGGAUGCCCUGCGGUACUUGGGAUGUGUGGAAGCAAAAGACUUACCUGAAGCAGAGCAACAAGAAAGAGCUUUUACAUUAGGCCUGGCCGGCCUCCUCGGAGAGGGAGUGUACAACUUCGGAGAACUGCUGAUGCACCCGGUCCUGGAGUCACUGAGGAACACAGAUAAACAGUGGCUGAUAGACACACUCUAUGCAUUUAAUGCAGGCAACGUGGAGAAAUUCCAAGCCCUGAAGACCGCAUGGGGUCAACAGCCUGAUCUCGCAGCUCAUGAGGCCAAACUCAUGCAGAAGAUCCAGUUACUCUGUGUCAUGGAGAUGACUUUCACACGGCCAGCCAAUCACAGGCAGCUGACGUUCCAGGAAAUUGCACAGAGUGCAAAAAUCCAAGUGAAUGAGGUGGAGCUGUUGGUGAUGAAGGCUCUGUCUGUCGGACUGAUCAAGGGAAGCAUUGACGAGGUGGAAAAGAAAGUUCACAUGACCUGGGUCCAGCCCAGAGUACUGGACGUGCAGCAGAUUAAGGGCAUGAAGGAUCGUCUGGACUUCUGGUGUGGGGAUGUUAAGAACAUGGCCAUGUUGGUGGAACAGCAGGCUCAGGACAUCCUCACUUGAAUGUCCUUCAUGCUGUCUGUCCCAUUCAAAUGUUCCCUUGCAUUGCAUUCUCCCUGAGUCUCAGUUCUUAAUGUGAUACGUGUCCGUAUCUUCAUUAUGUCAUUAAAGCAGCUUGUUUUCACAA